AACUUGGUGGGGGAGGAAUUAGGAGGGGGCUCCCGAUGUGGGGGAGGGUUUCCUCCUACCCCAACCCACCCUCAGAGACCGUUGUAGACUGAUACAUAUAAUAUACACACAGGAUACGAUAACCAGCACCGUACUACAAUAUUUCUCUCUCUCUCUCUCUCUCUCUCUCUCUCUCUCUCUCUCUCUCUCUCUCUCUCUCUCUCUUUCCAGUCAUCACACAGCCAUACAUGUUCAAAACUCAUAAGCACACUCAUCCACAUCCAGAACCGACCUAAAUACACCCAAACACAUGCAUACAAGUGACAAGUGUUGUCAUUCUUGCAAAUUGUAGCAGCACCAAGCAGCAAGACGAGUGAACCAGCAGUACCAGGAAAGUCAACAUUGACUUCACCACAACCCUCCACAGUGCCUCACAUCCAUUUAUUUAAGAUGUCAGCAUCCGCCCAAGGGAUCUCCCACAGACUGAGAUCAAGGAGGCCAUAGUGAAGCUGGAGGAGGAAGCAUUGAGGGGCCUGCUACCUUCCACCAUCCUCACUCUGGCGCAGAAAGUUAUUUUUACCAACAGUUAUGACUCCAUCACACGCCGGCGCCUCCUGUACUGCCUUAUUCCGAAGGGGCAGGAGUUUCCCAUGCAGGUUGUCCCACUAGCAGUAUCAUCUGCCUCUGUCAAGGAUGUGAGCGUUCCUUGGCAGUAUGCAGUGCUGUGCUGGCUGGAGGGAAUGCUGGAGUUUGGCAUCAUUCAGUCCUCAGAGCCACUUAUUCAUAUCUGCUACACGACUGUCUUCAACCUCCUAAGCUCUCUUACUCUGAGCUCCAUAGCCAGUCGCCUGCUGUACCACAUGACAGUACGGCAGGAUGUCACUCCAAACCGCGUGCAGGUCCUCUUGAAGUUACGACUCAAACCUGGCUUCAAUAUCCCUGCCUCCUUCGUGCUCAGACUGUACAACCUCUUCCGGCCUGACCUGGUGACGGGGCAGCUGGCGGACAGAACAGUGGUGAAGCGUCUCCCGCCGGCACUGAAGACAAGGCUGCUGGAGGCGAGGAUGAGGCUGCAGGGAGAGGCGGAGUACCUGGACACUGUGGAGGGCAAGGACAGGUUAUGGCGUGAUGGUGCCAAGCUGGAGAAGAUGAACCUCCACCUGCGGAACACAGCGGUGCCUCUGCCUUACUUCAACAUGUGCACUCUCACUGUGGAGGAGAAGAAGAUGAGGCCUCUCUAUGCAACCCAGUAUCAGAGUUUUUCAGAGAUGGUGCGAGGCAUGAGUGAGUGGGAGAGGUGGGUGUGGCCAAGCAACCCCGCCGCACACCUGGCCUGCCCUCUGGUGGUGCCUCUCUUCCGAGCUCACCAAGUACAAGUGCAGGUCGGCCUCACCAACUGGCUGGAAGUGGCGCUUAGGACAGAGUUGGUGGAGGGCAUCGGUGCACCCAGCAAGGAGAGACAAGACAGCCUGCUCAACACCGCCCAUGAGUUGUGUUUCAGCCACGCCGCCUCCCUGCCUGUCAUCAGCAACUUUCUGCUGGAACUCAUGCCAGUCUGGAACCACAGCGACAACUUCAAGAAGGUGGUGAGACUGCUGGAGUUCGUUGGCUUCACCUCCACGGCCAACCUGUCUCCUUCGGUGCUGCGGGUGGUGGAGCAGCUCAUGCUAUCCCAGCCGCUCAUUGUCUGGUGUCGCGUGGUGGAGUCCGUCACUGCCAUGGUGUGUCGCUGGCUCAUCACCGAACACCAGGAAAGGACCAGUGGCUCAUCAGAUGGACAUGACUGGCCACAGCAAGAGGAGUACAGUAGCGCACUCACUGGGGCCUGGUUCGUCACAAAGAGGCUGGAGAGAAUGUUCCUGUUUGGUGUGCUUGAGUAUGAAUCCCAUCCACUUGUCAUCCACCACAUCCUUGACUACUAUACCCAGGUGGACAUGUACUGCGAGGAGCUGAACCUUCCUAUGUCAGUGUAUCCUCCACCCAUCCUGACCUUGAACAUUGUGGGUAACUCUGACCUUGCACUGACACAUCGCCUGGGUCACAUCCUUGCUAGGGUGAAGGAUCGACUGGCAACCCUGACAAAGAUGAAUGAGGAGGGAUGUGAGGAGCAGAUUCUGAUUUUGUGUCUACAGGGAACGAGUGAAGUCAAUGAAAGCGUGUUUAUCUUCAUUUCUGGGCUUCUAGAGGGCACGGCCCUCUCGAAAUUCUGGGAGAAGAGUCUUGAUAAAUUCUACCCGUUUGAGCAUCUGAAAAAAUUGAGGGCAAGGAAACAUAUUGGAAAGUUUGCCUCAGUCACCCACGCUCUGCCCUUCCUCCCUUUCGUUGGCAAGGCGCUGACUGAGAUGGACAGGGAAUGGACACAGGCUGAGUUUAAGAAGGUGAGGGCUGACGUGCUGGCCGAUCUGAGUGCCGCUGGACUGACAGGCAUUGAGGCGUGCCACAAAGCGUACUCAGCAGAAGUGAAGCAGGAGGAAGUGGAAGGCACACAGAGAGAGCAGAGUGUGGCAUGAGUGGAGAUAAAGAUGAAGUAAAAGUUUUUGUUUGUAAGGAUGAAGUUUUUAGUUUCUGCAGAUAUUGUUAGCUAGAAAGUUUGUGUUUUAUUGAUUUUAUUAUUUUAUGGAUGUGCGUUUAACCCUUAACACUACAAAUCUUGAGGGAUAAAAAAACCUUAUGUUAUUUUUUUAUGCCGGCACAAAUUUUGAGGAAUUAAAAACCGUAUGUUGCACAGAUUUUAAUUAUUCAGUGUUUGAGGUUCUUCUCUUCAUGAAUUAAGAGAAAAUAAGUCACAUAUUUGUACAAACAUGCAAAAUUCAUCAUUAGCUCCCUGUGUUGUAUAUUAUGAGGUGGGGCACAUGCUGUCCCACCAGGCAACUUGUGAUGAAUUUGCUUGAAACACUCUCUCUCUCUCUCUCUCUCUCUCUCUCUCUCUCUCUCUCUCUCUCUCUCUCUCUCUCUCUCUCUCUCUCUCUCUCUCUCUCUCUCUCUCUCAUGCUAAACAAAGAAAUAGAGUUUUCAUUUAACAUUUCAGAUUUAUUUCCUUUAGAUCAUCAAUUUUAUCUUUCUUUUAGUUUCCUUUAAAAUUGUGUAGCGGUCGUACAAUUUAUUUAUUUUGACCACUAGCAGGGAAACAAUGUAGAGGUUAAGAAAAUUUUUAUACAUUUGUGCCUUGAAGGAGGAGAAACCUUUAUUGUGUGAGGCAAUAUUGCUCUGGUACUCUUAAAGGCGCCAACCACAGUGUGUCUUGGCGGUCAAUAAUAUCUUUUGUACUA